AGUUUCACAAAAAUGGGGGCAAAUGGGACGUUAACGUCUGUUUACACGCCUUGAAAGACAGUUCGCGGCAAUUGACAUUCUAUAUUUGGUGUGCCCAAGACGGUGUCGGAGGAGCCUCUGCGGAUCUUGCGGAACGUGUGAGUGACGUGCGGUGAUGUCUACGAAUGGUGCCGCCUGACGACAGUAAAUGAGAGUUGCAGUAUUACCUUGCGCCUGAGUCAGUUUGGUAUCACAAGUCCUGUUGACAUCAUGGAAGCAGAGGCCAUCUACAUGGAGGUGGAACAGCCUCAGGAGGAGUCUGUGGAACACCAGUACAUGUGUAGCGAAUGCUACCAGCUUUUCAACUCUCUGGAAGAUGUGCUGAUCCACCAGGAGAUUCAUACAGGCCAGGAGGGCGAGGAAGGCGAGGUAGGCCAGGUGGUCCACUGCGAGCAGUACCAGUGCUUGGAGUGUGGGUCGGUACUCGUGGACUCCGAGGAGCUGCUGCAGCAUCAGGAGAUGCACAUGCGGGAGGCUGGGAUGGAGGGAAACCAACAAGAGUUAUGCGAGACUGAGGUACCCCAAGAUAGUGGUUCACAAGCACCCCAACCGGUUCAGUACCAGUGUCUGGACUGUCUUGCUCUGUUUGACUCACCCAACACGUGGCUGGAACACCGGAAAAGCCACAACAGCAGCACCACUAGCACCUACGCGGAGAUGACUGAGUACGAGCUCCAAGCGGACGGAACCGUGACUCCCGUCACCAACAUGCAGAACUUUGUCCUGAGUGAGCAGCAAGCUGGGGAGAUUUUGGCACAGGUGUUUGCACAGCAGGAGCAAAAGAAGAAAGGCGACCACGUCUCCAAGUCCGCCAGCGUCCCCCCCCAGCUUCCCACGGUGACGCCCAGCCCCGGUUCGGCCACCAUGCACCUUCAGAUCCUGACGGCCCAAGCUCUGGCCGACGGUUCCGGCACGUGCACUCAACCCAGCAGGACAGCGUCCGUGGUGGGCUGGCAAAAGUGCACCACCCUGGAGAACGGCACCGCCCGCCGAGUGGAGCUGAUGUUGUCCCCCGGGAUGAUCGCUGACACCCAGCAGGCGGCAACAGAGAUGGUGGUCAUCCAACCGUACGAAUGCUCUGAAUGCUCCCUUCUAUUCCAGACCCCAGAGGACCUCCUCAAACAUCAGGGGAAGCACUUCCUGGGUCAGGACAAAGAGAGUUCGGAGGCAGGGCUCAUGUGCGGCUUGGAGGAAGCCCGGGGGCCCGAGGAAAUGGCGGACAAGACGGACAUCUUAGUAGGGCAACCGUACCAACAAAUCACAAUGGAGAACAAACCCGUGGUGUCACCCAAGACCCAGCAGUGCUCACUGUGCAGCCGCAACUUCAGCUCCGUCAACCGGCUCAAAGCUCAUCAGCGCGUCCACGAGCAGGGCACGCAUGAAUGCAGUGAGUGCGGCAGGUUCUUUAAGAAAGAGAGCUCGCUGCAAGCGCACCUGCGCACCCACUUGGGCGUGAGCAGAUAUUUGUGCGUGGACUGCGGCCAAGGCUUCACCACCGAGAUGACCCUCAUCAUGCACAGGAAGUCCCACACGGCGAACCCCCUUCACAAGUGCCAGUUCUGCAACAAGACCUUCACCAACAUGACCAAGUAUCUUUACCACCGACGGUCACACCUCAGCCUCAACACCUGUGGCAUGCCGGCCUCCAAUGCCGCCACCACCACGGUCAAUCCCGCUCCACAACGAGCUUCUCUUUCCAUUCUGGCCAUUUUACAGCGAGCCAGGGAGAAGAACUCUCGGAUGAUGGCCCCCCUCUCUGAGGAGGAGAUGGAAAAGAUGGACCAGGACCCUGCGGAUCUGAACAAGGCAGACGCGAGUGAGAGCCAAGAAAAAGAUAGCGAGGAGGGUCCUGGCGACAAACCUGCCCAGGAUGUCGCCUCCAGCUCAGCAGGAAGCGCGACGACCGCGUCGUCGGAAAAAGACGCGUUCACUUGUCGCGCUUGUCAGAAGACGUUCCCCUCCCAGCUGCAGCUCCUCCAGCACCGGCGUACGGCUCACGGGCCUGAGCGCAGCUUCCUUUGUGGUAUCUGUGGCAAGAGCUUCAAGAAGCAGAUCCACGUGCGGAACCACAUCCGUACGCACACGGGCGAGCGGCCCUUCCAGUGCGCUGACUGCGGCAAGACGUUUUCAUCCCUCGCCAACCUCACCCGCCACACGCUGAUCCACACGGGCGUGCGACCGUACCGCUGCGACGUGUGCCAGCGCUCCUUCUCGCAGUCGUCCAACCUGCGCCAGCACAGCCUCCUGCACGCAAGGGGCGGAAGCGGGGGCCUGAAGUGCCCCGACUGCCCCGCGGCCUUCCGCUGGCGCACCAAGCUGGCCGCACACCGCUUCACGCAUCACCAGGGAUCCCCCGCGCCCUUCCCUUGCCCCCACUGUGAGGCCGGCUUCCUCAUCAAGAGGCAACUAGAGGCCCACUGUACAGAGCAGCAUCAGGCCACGUCUCCAGAGUCGGGGGGGCGUCCCCGGCAGCCAGUCGGAGGUGCAGAAGAGUCUGGCACUCUGCUUCAAGGUGGCUUGGAUUGCAACAUCUGCGGUAAGAAGCUCAACUCCCCCGCCAAUCUGCGGCUCCACAAGUUGAGUCACCCCGGUCCCGUGUGGCUGCGCGGUGCACGCGCCAAGCGGGCUAAAUCCCACCAGUGCCCAGUGUGCGGCAAGCUGUUCGUGUCCAGCUCGGGCGUGGCGCUGCACCAGCGGGUGCACACGGGCGAGCGGCCCUUCCCGUGUCAGAUCUGCAGCAAGCGCUUCCGCCAGAGAACGCACUUGCGCGAGCACCUGCGCACGCACUCGGGCGUGCGUCCUUUCUGCUGCGAGGUGUGCGGCAAGGGCUUUGUCCAAAGCAUACACCUGGUCGAGCACCGCCGCACGCACACGGGGGAGCGGCCGCACGUCUGCCCGUACUGCGGAAAGGCCUUCAAGACCUUCUCCAACCUCAGGAACCACAAGAAGACGCACAGUUGCCAGCAGAAGAGGAAGCGGGGCUGUGAGGCUGAUGCCAAAGCCGUCACCGGCGUGGGGGUGGGGGUGGAGGUUUCUGCGGUGGAAAUCCCCAACGGGCAGCCGCACUUCAUCCAGAUCCAGUCGUCAGACGUUCAGCAGGGCACCAACACCAUCAUGUGCAACGAGUUUGGGGAGACCAUCGCCAUCAUCGAGAGCAGCGAGGGCGGAGCGCUGCCCCUGGAGCAGGCCCUGGAAAUCUUUCAGACGGCCCUGGAGAGCGGCAUGGACGGACUGCAGAUGCUCUGAGCCACAAGAACCAAUCACGGUCAAACGUGCGCAUUUAUAAUACAUACUGUUCAAAACUAUGUGGUGGGGGUCAGUUAGAAAUGUUAUUUUACAAAGAAAAGGAGAGUUUUUCCUGAAUGAUCAGAUGUAAAUUGAUCAUAAAUAUAUUACAGACUUUUGUCUAUUUAAAAAAAAAAAAAAGUUUUCUUUGAAAAUGUUAAGUUUGUAUAGAUGCAGUGGGUGUUUUAAUGGAAUACGUUACUGUAAUGAAUGUUACAAAGAACUCAAAAAGGGUGAGUGUCCAUAUGAAUGCAUGUACUUUGUGUUUUUUUUUUUUCAAUAAUUUUUACCACAUUUUGUAUUUUGAUGUGAAUGCUGGGGAGC